CACUACCUGAUAAUGCUUUGUGCUGAUUAAGAUUAUUUUUUUUCUUCAUCUCUGUACCGUAAAAGCUGUAAAGUAUCGCGCGUCUACGUACUAUUCCUUAGUUAUAUUGCCCAGUUUAUAGUGAACGCACGUCCGGCGCAACAUGCGGGGCAUAGCAACAUUUAUAGCGCUUUGCGCCAUUGGAGUAACUCUUUAUUCAGCUUUCAUGAAGGAAGUGAAAGUUCCGACUUUACCUGAGACGAAUUGGAGUUCAAAGAAAAACGGAAAAGAGUCCACCGAAAUACGACCCUUUAGUAUCAAUGUAUCGCAAUCGGUACUGGACGAUCUGAAGUUUCGUUUAGAGCAUAGGAGGAAUUACAAAGAACCACUGGAACAUGUGGCUUGGACUUACGGUAUUUCAACUAAAUAUCUGAAUACGGUACUUGAUUACUGGAAGGAUAAAUACAACUGGAUCGAGAGACAAGCUUUGUUAAACAAGUACCCUCAGUAUAUCACAAACAUUCAAGGUCUAGACAUACAUUUCUACCACGUUAAACCGACGAAUCUUCCAAAAAACAGAAACUUAAAAGUUCUUCCUCUAUUGAUGAUACACGGAUGGCCUGGAAGUGUUGUGGAAUUUCAGAAAAUUAUACCCAUGCUAACAAAACCUUGGCCUACUCAGGACUUUGUAUUCGAAGUUAUUGCACCGUCACUUCCUGGAUAUGGAUUCUCGGAAGGCGCGGUACGACCAGGCAUGGCUACUGCUCAGAUGGCUGUAGUAUUUAAAAAUCUGAUGCAAAGACUUGGCUUUGAAAAGUUUUAUAUUCAAGGAGGUGAUUGGGGAUCCCUUAUUGUUGCUAACUUGGCAGCUCUAUUCCCAGAAAAGGUAACUGGGUUACACAGCAAUAUGUGUAAUACUUUGACACCAGUUAGUUUAUUUUGGUCAUUUGUUGGUACCUAUUUUCCAUUUAUAGUUGGUGUUAAUGAACAUUAUUCGAGAUUUUUCCCAUUAAGUACAGUUUUGUCCAAUCUAAUUCAAGAAAGUGGCUACUUUCAUAUACAGGCUACAAAGCCAGAUACUAUAGGUGCUGCAUUAGCUUCCUCACCAGAUGGAUUAGCGGCAUAUAUUUUAGAGAAGUUCAGUACAUGGACAAAUCCAACGUAUAGAGACCGAGACGACGGUGGUCUAACAGAAAAAUAUACGCUAGAUGAACUUUUGGAUAAUAUAAUGAUAUAUUGGGUCACUAACAGCAUUACCACAAGCGUUAGACUCUAUGCUGAAAAUUUCAGUACAGCAUAUCGAGCUUUGUACAUUGACCGUGUACCUAUCAAAGUACCUACAGGUUGUGCAGCUUUUCCCCAUGAACUAUUGUCUCAGCCUGAAUCUUUACUUAAGGAGAGAUACACUAAUAUAAUUCACUUCAAUUUUAUACCACGUGGUGGACACUUUGCAGCCUUUGAAGAGCCCAGACUCUUAGCUGAUGAUAUUUUCAGUUUUGUUAAAAAAACAGAGAAUCUCAAAACAAAAUCUGGAUAAAAUACAUAGUACAACUUAAAAAAUCUUCAACCAUUGCACAACUAUUGAUAUGUUUUUUUAGAAUACCUUAAUAAAUUGUAUCUGUUU